AUGUCUUCCCGCAAGAGAAAGCAAGACGAAGAGGAAGAGCUUGUUGCUCUACCCAGUGACGAAAGUGAAGAAGAAGAAGAAUAUGUCUCAGAAGGAGAGGACGACGAUGAGAUUGAUGACGACGAAGAAGACGAUGAAGAGGAGUACGACGAAGAUGCUGAGCCAGAGGAGGAAGAGGAAAACGGCGUCAAACGUUUCGGAGCAGCGGAGAAAGCACCUCCUUCCAAGAAGCGGAAGACGACUGCUGCAGCAGCCGAAGACGCACCUGUAGCCGAUGAACAGGACGAAGAGGCCGAAGCAGAACUCGAAGAGGCUGACGAAAAUGGUGAUGCCGAAGAAGAGGCAGAUGACGAAGAAGAAGCUGAGAAGAUCGAGGCGCCUGUCGAAACUGUAAAGGCUAAGGUCGGAGACGUAGUCCCUGCCGCCGAGGUUAAGGACACCGCCGAGAAACCCAUCGCUGCUAAUGGUGAUACCGAAGACUGA